CGGUCGCAGCUCGCAGUAGAGCGAACGCUUUCCGUCGGGGCGGACUUUGAGCGUUUGCCGUCGCGUCGCGGAAAAGAGCGCAUGCGCGAGUGUCUUCGGCUCGGCGCGAAGAAAGCCGGAAUUGAAAGCGGGCAAGAGGAACGAAAAACGCGCGACAACGGAAGAAAAAAAAAAGAGCGAAAAGAGAUCGUCUCUUCGUUCCGGUUGAUGGAAUAUUCGUCGGCAUGGCGAACGCGCAUGCGCGCAUCUCCGACGCGUAAACAGGUGUUUUAUUCGCGCCAGGCGCUGUCGUUGACAGGGUACGCGUGCCACCGACGAAGGGGCAUCGCGAUCGCCGCCGAUCGGCGGUCAAUCAAUAGCAGGAUUCUCUAAACAUCUUAGCGACGGUUAUCGUUGUCGUUAGCGAGCGAUAGCCUAUGAGAAUUGCGCUUUUCAUCAGAAUUGUCCUUGCCAUUGGCUGUCGCCAUUUAACGAUACCGAAAACUAUCGGUAACAAGUUACUGAAUCCCGCUACAGGUUAGGCUUGUCUCGCGCCCGUUCGUUUUCACCGACGACAACGUGGAGACGUCGGGAGCGACGGACCGGCCGCGCCGUCGACGACGUCGCGUUCGUGCGAUAGCGAAGGCGCGUAUACAGGGUGUUCUUUGAUGGUGCAGCGAGGCGAGCGGCGGGGGCGGUCCCGACAUGGAGGGCCACGACAUUCAAGAAUUAGCGGUGACCGCUAAGGACAGUGUAAUCGUCAGAGGUGGAUAUCCGGCGCCCUAUUCCUCACCGAAUGGCGAUGCGGAGAUGGGCAUGGCCGCGGGGGCAGUCGGCGGUCCCGUCCUGACUCUACCUCCGGUUCCGGUCAGCAAUGCUGCGUGUGCUAUAUGCGGCGAUCGCGCCACCGGGAAGCACUACGGUGCCGCGUCUUGCGAUGGUUGCAAAGGCUUUUUCCGGCGAUCCGUCAGAAAGAAUCAUCAGUACACGUGCAGGCUUAUGAGAAAGUGUCAGAUCGACAAGGACAAACGGAACCAGUGUAGAUACUGUCGAUUGCGCAAAUGCUUCAGAGCCGGUAUGAAGAAAGAGGCUGUACAAAACGAGAGAGACCGUAUAAACAAUCGACCACCGAGUAAUGAGAACCAGACGGAAAAUAGCGGCCCGUCGAUGGAGGACUUAUUGAUGGCUGCGAGGCAUAUCGGAAUGCUUGAGCUAGGCAAUCCGAAAGAAGACGUCGAUCCUAGCACGAAGCGGAUAGCUGGUUUAAACGACGUGUGUGACAGUAUGAAGGAGCAAUUGCUGAUCCUGAUCGAGUGGGCCAAAUGUAUCAAGGAAUUCGAGACGCUACCGCUGGACGACAAAGUGGCAUUGUUGAGAGCCCAUGCAGGUGAACACUUGCUGCUGGGGGUGGCAAGACGCAGCCAGAUACAUAAAUUGACGGACGUGCUAUUGCUCGGCAACGAUUGCAUCAUCAUGAGAAACUAUCCCGUAAUAUCGUUGCAAUUCACAGAAGGAAACAAUCAGCAGGACUUAGAUAUCAGCAAGGUUGGCGUUAGAGUGAUGGACGAACUGGUAGAACCGUUAAAGAAGAUCAAGAUCGACGACACGGAAUUCGCUUGUCUCAAAGCACUCGUGUUCUUUGAUCCGAACGCGAAAGGUUUAAGUAAUUCGGAGACGAUCAGGACCUUACGUAAAAACAUCCAGAUAAAACUUGAGAAUUAUAUCAGCGAUUAUCGCUGUCACCUCACAGGACACUUUGGCGAUAUCCUCCUAUUGUUACCAGCCCUGCAGUCGAUCUCGUGGCAAAUGAUUGAGCAGAUACAAUUCGUCAAGCUAUUCGGAAUGGCGCAUAUCGACAAUCUGCUUCAAGAAAUAUUCUUCGGCACUACAUCGGAGGUAAAUGACAACAUCACGUCCAUACCGAUCUCAAAUACCGCGCCGGGCAGUUAUAUGAGCAGCAACGAGAGUCCUACCAGUCCUUUGACGCCGGCCAAUACCGGUAAUCUCAGUCCGCAGACCGAUCAAAUGCCCGUCAUGAUCCUGAGGGAUUUGGCGCCGAAUCAGGACUUCAGGUUCUUCAAACAGGAACCAAGUCUCGAGCCCGAGACUAGUUUCUGACUAGAUUGGGAGCUGACUAGCCAAUGAUGUUCUGCUCAAACAGUUGCUCAAGUAAUAAAGUUCUAAAUAACAUAUAUUAUGUUACUAUAGCAUCGAAUUAAAUGUGAUUGCGAUGACAUUAAUAAAAAAUAUAUAUCGGUAUAUGCGUGAGAAAAAUAACGCCGAAUCCGGCACAUUGCCGUACACGAAGUGAACGAAUACAGGAUUUCCCAUCGAAUAUAAUAUAUCAAAGUGUCGUACGGCAACGUACGUCGUUUUGCCAAACGAGAAUUAUUUGAUUUUGCGUUGACGCAAAAAAAAAAAGAAUUAAUGCAUUACGGGAUAUCUUUGUUGCAACCAUGUGGAAUUGCCGUAUUCGGAGAAAGGAUCCGUCCGAUCACUUGACGUGUACACAAACAUUAAUUUUGCCAUAUCGUGUCGAUUUCGGAGGAAUGUCCGCUUAAAUGUCCAAUUCACGGGCAUUUGAUCAGUUUAUGGACAAUCGCGAUACACAAUAAAUCCCGCACCUGUAGAAAAAAUGAUUGAUCGCCAACCAAGAGAUCGUCUAUAUAAAUGUAAUAAACGAUAAGAUCGUAUCUUGCCACUAUUAGUACAUGCUACUGUUGCAACAGUGUUCGCGCUAUCUUUGAAAUACGGAUCAGGACCAAAAGUCGAGGAGAACGAAAUGUGUGUAAUAUCAUGCAAAAAAUUGUGACAAUAACAAUUAGCAGCUGAAUUAAAGCAAGACUUGAGAUAAAUAUAAUAAUUAUAUAAUUUUCAAUUUUCCCUGCUACAAUGUAUACAAAAAA